UACCCUUUUGAUCAUGAGCUUACGGGACACCCUGUAUAUAACCUCGACUGCGUUAAGUUUUCUAGACUUGACAGUAAUUUAGAACGACUUUGGGGAAAUAAGGGCAAAUUGGUACAUAAGGAAAGAAGUAUAAUCAGGCAGAUUAAGAACAGAUUAAGGUUGAGAACAUUAAUGAAGGGAAAGAAGGGGAAACCAAAAAUUAGUGCAUAGGCAAAAGUUGUUCUCUGUGGUGAGUGCGUGUCAAGUCGUAGUCAAAGUCAGUCAUUUUGGAGGGAAUUUAACCAGCUGAUUGCGUUCCGUGUCCCUUUAAACUUGUUUACAUUUUGUGGUUAUAUUGUUUUUAAAAUGGCUCAGCCUUCGAUCGCGCGUUAUUUCAACAAUCGAAAGCGUCCCGUGGUAGACGAUGUCAUUAUUAAGCAGGCAGAAAAGGUUUUAGUGCUUGAUUCUAGCGAUAUUCCCACACCUUUAAAAGAAGGGUUAGAAGCAGAAGAAGGCAUUAUUUUUGCUCAGGUUCCCAACAGCUUGGCGAAGAUCGAGGAUGAAUCGACCAGUGAAAAACUUGAUAUCCUGCAAGAAAACGAGGAGAAAAUGCUGGAAAGUAAGAUAAUUUCGAUGCCAAACACCCAUGUGCCAGGUUCCCCGAGAAAAGUGAUUAAGGCCAUUCGCAGCAAGAAAAUUAAGCAAAUUGGAAACAGCACCGAUAUUCAAGUUGAGGAGGAGAUGGAAAAAACUCCUCCUAGUUCCCCAGCAAAAAGACCCAAUGCCUUGGACAAUGUCAGCGGCGAUGGGCCCUCAGUUAAGGAAAUAAGAAGCAAGUUGAGCCGAAGCUCACGGCUGUCCAAGUUCAAGGCUGCAUUGGCGAGAUUUGAGGAAAACGACAAGAAAUUGACUGCAAUUGAACAGAAAACGUCCCAGAUUGAACCGCCCAAAUUGAAGAGCUUCAGGACCAUUGAACUAGAAGUAGCCACCAGCCCGAAGAAAGUAUUUUCACCAGAAAAGGCCUAUUUGAGCCCCAGAAAAGAAACUGAUGGAGCGCGCAAAAACUUGCUGCAUUUACUGAGCCCGGCGAAAAAUGCUCUCCCGGCCUUAAGCGCCAGCCCAUGCAAAGAGCUUUUCGCUGAAACUGAAAAACCCACUCUAACUUUGCCGUUUAAAUACCGAUUUUUGGCUGAAAUUUUCCGAGCUGUAGACACAGUAAUGCAAAUCAUGUACAAUCGGAACGAAACCAUAAUUUUCCGGAAAUUGAAACCCGCUGUUGAGGAGAUGCUGAAGAGGAACGUAACCGAGCGGCAUUUGGCGCAAAUUAAAACGGUUUUCCCGCAAUCGUUUAGUUUUAAACAGCAACAGCUGAAGAAGUUUGGAGGUGGAGUUCGGGCAGCGCAAUGGGAGCUGGUUGUAGCGCCCAUAGUGGAGAAUGGCGAGAAAAUGACGCCAGAGGUUUUGCUGGAGAGGAGACGGAUGCUGUUCAAUUCAUUAUUGGAUAAAGUCAAGGAUUAUCAUCACGAGUUUCUUUCCAAUCUGGAUACUCCUAUCGAAAUACCAAAGAACAAGAUCACUCGUUGGCAUCCACACUUUAAUAUCGAAAUGGUUCCAGAUAUUGAGGAAUUCCAACUUCCCCAAUCUCCAGAAGAAGACAAAAUUAAAUCAGGCAAAGACUUCUUGGAAAGCGCACGUGUUCUCUUCAGUUGCAACACCCGCAUGGAGCAGGCCCUUUUAAAACUCCAUCAAGCCAAAGCGAGUCAGACUGAGACCGAGACACAAACUGCACAACCGGUGGAGGAAACUCUGCCAAAAAAGCCCGAAUCAGUAUUAAAAGGUAUUCCUAAGGCGCUCCUAGAAAGAGUGCGUCAAAAGCAGGCUGCAAAGGCUUUUGUGUCCAUCACAAGAUCAGUGAGUAAGGAAAAGGAAGUCCAGAUGUACUCCAGACUGCCUGAGCUAGCCAGAUUAACCAGAUAUCUCUUCGUUUCGGAAAAGAAGAGCGUCUUGCCAUUAGACACGGUUGUGGAUAAGCUCGGGAUGAGUUACAGGGGCAAUCUGAGUAGAAGUGAGAUGGAGGAUCACUUGAGGAUCCUGGCAACUGAUAUGCCCAGCUGGUUAAUUUUCCAUAAUAUUCGAAAUUCUGUUUAUUUGAAACUGAACAAGAACGCUGAACUGAGAAUAGUGAUCGCUAAACUGGAAGGCCUCUGUCUUCAAAAGAGUAGCUCUUAAUACUUGCAGGUAUUAAUUAUAUUCAACUAUUGAAUGGGAUUAUUAAAGUCGAUUAUUUAGCCCAAAUAUUAAUGUAGUGAUUAACAGGAAGUCUUAGCUAGUUUUUCAACUGAACAACCAUAAUUGAAAGUGCAUAUUAAUUAAAUGCGUUUUAUUGUCCUCAGAUGAAUUUAAGGGAGGAUAAAUGCGCCUGGAUGGAUAAAAAACCUUAGCACUCAGUUGAGUUUAAUACAAUUUUUGUGACUCGAGAGGGUGGUUUGGCAAAAUCGACUAACCAACCAUAAAUUGUCUGUUGCGCUCGACACGUCCUGUAUUCAUUCCUGAAUAAUGUUUGAAUUCAACAUGCGCUAUUUAUGUAGAAAUAUAACAAAGUCUAGUUGGAGUUAUUUGAGAAUUAAAGCAAGCAUAAAAGGUGGUAAAAGUUGUUAUGUCAAGAAGGUUACAAUUUGAACUGUAAUUUGGGAGUAUUUUCGUAUUUUCCACGGCAAAGUGUAAAAAUGUAUAGAAAUAGGAGUUUUUGACUGAUUUGUAUCCGAAGAAAGUAUAUACUGUAUUCGCUUAGUUAAUAUUGAUAUGAUUUAAUGUUUAUUUAAAAUAUAAGUUACAAGAAACAAGUA